AUGAUCAUCAUUGGCAGAAAUCAGCAAUCCGUUGACAAUAUGGAAAAAGAGGGUGGUCUGCUAGCGGACCGUCCUCGCACAGUUGCAGCAGGAGAAUUCUGUCUGCCGUUUCGGAGACUUCGCAAAGCCACGUACAUUCACCUUCAAGCAAAGGCCGCAGAACCCUAUGCGCCCAUUCAGAUGGACGCCGCCCGUAAUGUCAUCUUUGACAUCUUUGAUAACCCCAAAGAACACCAAGCAGUCGCAAAUCAUCCACGCCCACCGCCAUGGAUGCUCAAGCGCUUCCAGAAUCUCAUGCGACCUGGUGCGUUAUUAGUAGAACGUUUCCCAAUAAUCAGAUACCUCCCGGGAUACACAACCGAGUUGGAGGAAUGGAGAAGGGAAGAGAGUCAACUCUUCCACGAUCAACUUAAUCGUGUUCUGAAAGAAUUCACGCGACUAGCUGUCGCGAUUAUGGUUGUCGUCACGGCUGCUGCAUGCUAUCCCAAGGCGCAGGAGAAAGUGCAAGAGGAACUCGACACCGUCAUUGGUCGUGACAGGUGCAGGUCAACAUCUCCCACGUUGGACGACUACGCGUUCAUGCUUGAGUGUCUUCGCUGGAGGCCCGUGACAACUCUUGGAUUCGCCCACUGUGCCCUGACUGACAUACCAUACUUUGAUCCCGAGAAAUGGCUUGACAGCGAUGGCAAAAUCCGUGAAGACCUCAAGUUCCCUUCAUACGGUUUUGGACGCAGAAUCUGCCCCGGGCAACACAUCGCGAAUCACUCGAUCUUCAUCAAACUCGCGCUCCUUUUGUGGUCGUUCAAUAUCACACAAGACCCGGAGAAUCCUAUUGAUCAAUCGGGCUUUGUGGAUGGCGUGAUUGCGCACCCAAAACACUUCGCUGCGCGCUUCGAGCCACGGUUUGGAGACGAUGUGCCGUUGGGGGCGGUUAUGGCCAAGUAUGGAGAGGGGUUGUAA